AUGGCUCCCGCUGGUGGCAAAGGAAAGAAGAAGUGGUCCAAGGGAAAGGUUAAGGACAAGGCCCAGCACGCCGUCCUCCUGGACAAGACCACCUCCGACAAGCUCUACAAGGACGUCCAGUCGUACCGCCUCGUCACCAUCGCCACUCUUGUCGACAGGCUAAAGAUCAACGGCUCGCUGGCUCGCCAGUGCCUUGCCGACCUGGAGGAGAAGGGCCAGAUCAAGCCCGUGGUUACGCACAGCAAGAUGAAGAUCUACACCCGGGCCGUUGGCGCUGCCGAAUAG